GUUCUUUCUACCAGUGUGAAGUGGAGAAGAGUACGAAAACUGCGCAUGCUCAGGAGACUGAAUGCACCACUGCUAUUUGGGAAACGAAAGCGGAGAUCUUUUCGUGCGCGAGCAUGUUUGAUUUUUUUUUUCUAAGUCUGAGAGAAACGUGAGAGCAAAGAGAAGAAAGCGUUCGCCUUCUAACAGCUGCUCCGGCGUGGCGGAGUGAGAUUUUUGGGUCCUUCGUGCCAAGGGGGCGUGGCUCUCCUUUGUUUCCUGGGUCCCGGCUGGUGCCUCUUGCGCUUCUCCCGCCGAGAUGGAAUUGUCUGUGAGAGCCCAACAGGGACAGCAGCGGCUUCUCCAGGGGGGACCACCCGCUGGUGCCCGCGCACCUCCUUCUCCUCCUGCCGGCGAAAAUGGUCAAGGGCUGUUUGAAUGCCCAAUGUGUCACCUUGUUUGUACCGACUACGCAGUACUGCAGGAACAUAUUGAAUUGCACUUGGAGGAAUGCAGCUUUUUUGAAGAAAGAAACUUGACUGAUCUAGAAUUGGCACAGCAUCUCCAGAAUGAGGAAGACAGACAAAGAAGAGAAGCAGCAGCAAAACAAGAAAGAGAAGAUUUCCAAAAGCUACAGAGGCAAUAUGGUUUGGAUGGUUCUGGAGGAUACAAGCAGCAGUCACUAAAAAACUUGGAAAAGGAAGUGGCUUUUGGAAAAAUGUCACCAUCUGACUAUCAUAAGAGAACAGCUGAAAUGAUGGAAUCCUUAGCUUUUGGUAUUGAUGAUGGAAAGACAAAGACUUCAGGAGUUACUGAAGCACUGUGUCAGUACUAUCAGAAUGAAUGUAAGGACAUAAAGCAUGUGUGGCUUUCUACAGGAGUGGACCACUUCCAUUGUUCUUUAGGAGACAGAGGUUGGGGCUGCGGUUAUAGGAACUUCCAAAUGCUGCUUUCUUCUCUCUUGAGAAACAGCACCUAUGAAGAUUGCUUGAAAGAUAAUUCAUCAAUUCCUUGUAUUCCAAAAAUUCAGUCAUUGAUUGAAGAUGCAUGGAAAGAAGGUUUUGACCCCCAAGGAGCUUCUCACUUCAACAGCACAUUACGGGGAACUAAGGCUUGGAUAGGAGCAUGUGAAAUUUAUUCACUCUUAACUUCUCUCAGGCUAAAGUGUCAGGUCAUUGACUUUUACCAGCCAACUGGCCCUUCAGGAACACAUCCUCGUUUGCUGGAGUGGGUAUUAAACUAUUACUCAUCAGACAAGGAAAAUGGUGCAAAAGUUGUGUGUACCUCUAAGCCACCAAUCUAUCUUCAGCACCAAGGUCAUAGUCGUACUAUUCUUGGAAUAGAAGAAAGGAAGAACAAAACUUUGUGUCUACUGAUAUUUGAUCCAGGUUGCCCCUCACAGGAAAUGCAAAAACUCUUAAAAGGCAUUGAUGGAAACAGUCUCAGGUUGCUUAGAAGAUUUGUGGGCAGCUUAAAACAUAAACAGUACCAGCUAGUGGCUGUAGAUGGUGUACUGACAACUGAGGAAAAAGUUGCUCAUAGGCAGGCUUCUCAACUCUUCACAGCUCAGCGGAUUCCCUGAAAUAAAGAAUGCUGAGGAAUAUUAAGAAGAAAGUUGCAGGAGAGAUCUUGGUACAUUUACACAACUUCUUGGGCGAAGUACAUUUUUUUAAGCAAAAUAAAUGUUGGGGAAAAAUUAA